ACUUACAGUUGUUGUGAUUUUACAAAAAGGAGAAUGACGUCAUUCGAUAAAACUUAAAUCUAUCAAGAGCCGAGAUUAGAAUACAAGAUGCAUCGGCCGCGGCGGAGAAAAGAAAAAGACCGCGGCGGCGGUUUGUCAUGCCGCACAGCACGACGACCCUCGUACAACUCUACAGCGGCAAGCGGCGGUACUAGAAUUUUCAACCCCCGAAAGACGAAUCAACCUUUAACCACGCUCGCCUGUGUCGCAGUCACUUUUGUGUCUGCCGCGGUGCUGAAUCUCGAUGGACAGGACCAUGAACAGCUGACAACUGGGCACAACGCCCCGCCCAUGAUGCAGCAAAUAACCGGCGACAUGCACGCGUACACGCCAAGCGAGAUCUCAGAGGGGAUCUCCGGGGAUGUACCCGAAGACGAACGGCCGGGCGCGUUUAAGAAGAAGGAAAACCUUAUGGAUUGCAAAAAUGUCUGGGUCUGGAAGAUUGCAAGUUGUCAUGCUAAAUCCGAAUAAUGCGAAAAUCUGUGUUGCAUGAGGGCCAAAUGCUGUUCACUUUCGACCAAGUUGGGAGGGAGUUUCUCAUGCAGGAUAGGCAUAGCAGAGACCUCACAGACUCUGUCAUGCUAGGUCCCGCAUUCCAGACCUCAUGGGUCAUGGAAAACCUGCAUGACAGGUUUAACACUCUUCCAGACCCAGACAUUUUUACAGUUGAUAAACCUGACCCCGGAGCAGUUGGUGAAGAAAGAUUUGGACAUGAUCCGGAAGAAACAGGCGGAGAAGAGGAAAACGACAUUUGCAAAGAAGGAAGAGUAUGCGCCGGGUGGAAAAUAAUCGUAUAAAGCCGUGCGAAUUGCAAUGUUGCAUAUUGAGACAAGAAAACUAUCUGCACUGUGGUCGGUCGCUUGUAUUCCAAUUUGCGAUUUUGAAAAACUUUGUACUAUUGCAAUUCAUGCGCCAGACUUUGCGAUUCUACGUUUGCUGUGCAUACAGAAGACAUAAAGACCAUGAUCCGGAAGAAAAACGAGGCCUCAAAAAGGGAAGCGGAGCGGGAGAUCGAGCAGAUUAAGAUGCAGCAGAGAAAGCACAUGAAAAUCGGUUUGGACGAAGAAGUCGAGGAGAAUAAAGAUGAAAACCAGAAAGAGGCGAUCCAGCACAACUACAAGAACGACGAGGUGGAGAAGGAGAAGGAAUUUUUGGAGAAGAAAAUGCAGGAAAACAUCCACGGAAAAAACUCCCUGCAGUCAAAAUUCCUCAAGGUCGACCUCACCACGGACGGAUCGGACGCUGCGGAACCAGCCCUGGCGACGAAGAGAACUUCUGAUGCUGACGUCGCAUCUAGCAGUAGUACUUCCUCGCAGGACGAGGGGGCAUCUUCGAAGGUGAAAACCGCGAAGACACUGACGUUUUCCACAAGCAGUAGUACAACCUCGGGAGAUGAAGACGACGGUACGACGGCAGAGGAAAACGCAGCUAGUACAGGAGCAACGGCAGGCCAGACUAACGCUCCUAACGGUGCAGCACCUGCCACGUCUAUUCCGAAUGAGAGUAGCAAUACUGCAACCGGUAGUACCGGCGCUUCUUCUACUGCGCAGCAGCAGCAGUCAACGUCUCCUUCAACUCCCGCGAGCAACAGUAACGCAGUUGUUCACGAUGGAAAGUGGCACGGGAGUGCGGCCGACGGAAAAAAUGAAGACCAGUCGGCUGUCGGGACCGAUUAUCAAAUGCAAAAAUGUCUGGGUCUGGACGAAUGCAAGAUUUGUCAUGCAUAUUUCUCAUGACCCACGAUGCCUUUAAUGCAUGACCUAGCAUCGCAGACUUGUAGAGGGCUUCGUGGUGCACCUUCUGCAUGAGAAAUGCCCUGUCCGGGUAGCAUAAGCUGUGCCCCUCUUGUUGCUGGUCAUGCACUACAAAUUUUUUUAGAGUCCAAAAGCAGCAUGAUAAGUUGCAAUCUUCCAGACCCAGACACUUUUUGAGUUGAUACCGGUCCAGGCGAUGAGGGGAAAACAGCGGAUGAAUCCAGCUCCUCCACCGCGAGCACCGCUGUUCCGGUUGGACAGCAGGAGCCCGACAGCAGCACGACCAUCAUCGUGAAUUCAAACUUCGAUCAGGCGACGAGUGCCAGCCCCGGUAGCAGUGCCUCGGCCGCGACAAGCGCCAGCCCGGAUGCUGCAGCGAGUAGCGUCAGUCCCGGUGGUGCGAAUGCAGCAGCGAGCAGCAUCAGUCCCGGUGUGAAUGCAGCGGCUACUAGUGUCAGUCCCGGUGGUGUGAAUGCAGCAGCGAGUAGCGUCAGUCCUGGUGCGAGUGCAGCAGCGAGUAGCGUCAGUCCUGGUGCGAGUGCAGCAGCGAGUAGCGUCAGUCCUGGUGCGAGUGCAGCAGCGAGUAGCGUCAGUCCGAGUAACUCAGCAGCGACCAGUAUCAGCCCCGGUAGUGCUGCGGCUACGAGCGCCGCUCCGGAUGCAGCUGCUAGUACUGUCAGUCCGAGUUCUGCGGUAA